CUUCCCACAGCGCAGUCCGUAUCCGCGUUCGCGCCGUUUCGCACACCACCGCGUGCAACGCAAAUAAAUAAACAAAUAACCGUAAUACUUAAAUAAAUACGCUGCUAAAAAACAAGCUUCUAAACUUAAUUUGAUUAAACUUUUAUUUUAAGUAAUAAUGUUAUAAGAUUUUUUAAUUUACUUUUGUUUUGAAAAAAGUGAAUCAAAAUGGAGAAGACAUUAGCCAAAUUUCACGGUUCGAGACAUAAAGAAAGUGGAAAAGAGAAGUAUGAGUUCAGAACUGUGCAUGUGAACUUGCCGCCCCCGACUCCUGUGGAUAUAGAGUUUAAAAAUAUAACACUCAAAGUGAAGGAAGGUCUCAAAAGGAAAAAUAAAGUAAUAUUAAAAGGAGUUUCGGGGCUGUUUAGAUCUGGGGAGCUGACGGCUAUUAUGGGACCCUCAGGCGCCGGCAAAUCAUCACUCGUCAAUGCACUCACAUUAUUUUCCACAAAUGGAGUUUCCGGAAGGAUACGUGGUGGAGGCAGUGUCUGCGAGCUAGGUGGUAGGAGACAGUCGACGCGGUCACUGAAAUCAUACAAAAAGAAGUCCUGCUAUAUUCUACAGGAUGAUAGACUGAACCCGUUGUUCACCGUCGCCGAACUCAUGAAAUUCGCUGCAGAUAUGAAGCUUGGGAAUGCCUUUACAGACAAACUGAAACUGACUGUGAUAAAUGAAGUAUUGGAAACCCUAGGAUUGACGGGCACCGAAGAGACACGGUGUGGGAGUCUCUCGGGUGGUCAGAAGAAACGCCUGUCUAUAGCUGUGGAGCUCAUAGAUAACCCUCCUGUAGUAUUUCUGGAUGAACCUACCACUGGUCUUGACAGUUUGGCGUCUACACAAUGUAUAGAACUUCUAAAGCGCUUAGCUAGGAGUGGUCGUACUAUUGUAUGCACUAUACACCAACCUACCGCCACUGUCUACUCAAUGUUUGACCAGGUUUACAUGUUGGCGGACGGCAUGUGUAUAUAUCAAGGCCCUAGCGGCUUAACAGUGUCAUAUCUCGCCUCGGUGGGCUUUCAGUGUCCUAUGUACCAUAAUCCCGCCGAUUACAUUUUAGAAAUAGCAAAUGGAGAAUAUGGAAAAUUUAACGAGGUAUUGGCAGAGAAGUGUGUUCGGCACGAAUGUAGUGAAAAACCCGCCAUUACGGUCCCGUCAGAAGACGUCCUCGCGCUUGGAAAACUGUCCGUUAUUGUAAAACCCCCUCACGAAUUUUACAAAUUCUCGGUCCUUUUUAGAAGAUGUGUCAUACAGCAAUACAGAGAUUGGACAGUGACCCACCUGAAAGUGUUACUACACAUUCUGAUAGGCAUAACUUUGGGAUUGCUCUUCGAGAACGCGGGCAGCGACGGCUCCAAGUCUUUCAGCAACCUUGGCUACUUUCUGGUCUCUAUCGUCUAUCUUUGCUACACGUCACUCAUGCCAGCGGUACUAAGAUUUCCCACCGAACUGCCGGUUUUGAAGAAAGAAAAUUUUAACAAUUGGUACAACUUGAGAACUUAUUAUGCAGCUGUUCUGGUAACAGGAAUACCGAUUCAGAUCUGGUACAGCUUCGUGUACGCAGCCCCGUCGUACUUCCUCAGCGGGCAGCCGCACGAAUUUUCUCGUUUUGUGAUGUUCGUGCUCGUCCUAGCCACCAUUACGCUGCUCGCAGAUGCCAUUGGAAACGUCAUUGGCACUUGUGUAAAUCCUAUUAACGGUACCUUUCUUGGUGCCAUCACGACAUGUUCCAUGUUGGCCUUCGCUGGAUUUCUAGUGCUGUACUCGCAUAUGACUUCCACAAUGCAAACGGUGUCGUACGUGUCCUUUAUGAAGUACGCGUUUGAGGCGCUGGUACUCUCUAUGUACUCAUACGGCCGCAAGCCAUUGCCCUGCCCGGAGUCUAAGGACUACUGUCAUAUAAGGUUGAAAGUUAUUGUAAUCAGUGUUGUAUUCGGGGCAGUUAACCUUUCACAAACUGGCUAUUAUGAGAUACUUGGCGUAACAAAACAGGCAUCAACUCAAGAAAUAAGACAAGCUUAUAAAAAAUUAGCCAUAAAGUUCCACCCAGACAAGAAUUCUAAUCUUGAAGAUCAAAAAAAGUUUAUUGAAAUCACUGAAGCCUAUGAAACUUUGAAAGAUGCAGAAAAAAGACAGAAGUAUGAUUUGUAUGGGUCUUACUCUUACACAAGAAAAUAUGACUACAGGUCACAGGCGGAAUAUAACAACUUAUUCUACAAUGGAUUGUAUCACGAAGACCCUAAUGUUGAAACAUUAUCUGGUCGUAGCUUUUACAAUUUCUUGAGUGAUGGAUUUCAUUUUAUUAACUUCUAUUCACCAUUUUGUCCACCUUGUCAAAACUUGGUAGACCAUUGGAAAAAGUUAGCAGAACUUUACAAAGGCAUUGUAAAAAUCGGUGCUGUGAAUUGUAAAUACCACAAUUCUUUUUGCUACAAUUCUAUGAGGAUAGGUAGCUAUCCCUCUUUGCUAUUUUAUCCUAAUGGUAAAACUGGCAAUUACUUAUACUACCGCGGAGAGCGUACUUUAGAAGCGUUGGAUCAGUUUCUGAUGUCGCACCUCAGCAACCGCAUACAUGUCCCAGUCAUCACUCAAAUAAGGAGCAGUGAUACGCCCAUGGCGUAUGUACUAGGUUCAACAAGAAUAGAUAGAAAUGGACUCACAAGGAUAGCUUUUGUUUUGAAAGGUCUAGUCACAUUAGUUAUAGUGGAAGAAGUUGAUUUGCGUGAGAAACUAACUAAAGACGAGUAUACAACAGUAGUAUUUAGGUACAAAGGGAGAAAUGUAGAGAUUAAGAGCACAGAAGAGAAAGAGGUGCUUCAGGCUAUAGUAAAUGAGCUACCAAAGACUGAACAAGUAGAUCCUGAGAAACUUAGGGAAAUAAGAAAUCAGCUUCGCAGUGGUUACCGAAAACCUUGGGUACUAUACUUUUCAUCUAAAAAUCACAAUAGACUUUUAUUUAAUCAAAUGAAGCAGGCAUUUUCUGACAUGAAUUUUGGGGAGGUGGAUUGUGACAAAUGGAGUCAGUUAUGUGCGUCGCUACACGUGUCAGACUUGCCCGCGUGGGGUGUACUAAAACCCGGGGGCGCGUAUCAGCGAGCAGAAACACAUAUAGCAGAAUUCUUGAAACAUGCCCCGAAAGCAACGAGGUUACAUACAUUGUCCGCUUCGGACUUUAGUAGGAUAUUGAGCGGCGCCGAUGCAGCCGUGUGGGUGUUGGCUGUAAUACCAUACCAGGUCCCUUGGGCGCACAUAGCAGAGACCUUCACGAGAGUCAGCUUGCAAUUCCUUCACAGUAAAGACAUCAAUUUCGGUAUAAUGUCGUGUACGGCGACCACUGAUAAGUUUUGUCGUCAAGUUGCUUCAAACGAGCCAGUCAUUUUGAUUCAACGAGGCAAGCAUCAACACGAGUAUAGCGGCCAAGUUGAUGACCGCGAACUGGAAGAGUUCAUACAACUUGUAAUAGACGAUGAAGUGGUAGAGUUGGACGAGCAGAAGGUGUUAGAGAUAUUGGACCCGCAGAGCAGACAGUAUAGCUGGCUGGUGGCAUUCCUGCCUCCACAUUGCGGGCGCACGUGUGUUUCGCUCACACACCAUUGGCGAUUGGUCGCACACAAGCUUCGGCCGCUGGAGUUCAUUCGGUUGGGCGUCCUUCAAUGUAGGGAUACAACAUCAGGAUUUUGCUCCAAUAUCCGUACGCCAACAGCAAGGUUUUAUCCAUUAGCAUCCGGACAACACUACACCAUAAGCCUACAACAUUUAUCGCAGGCGCCAUAUAUUUGGGAAUGGGCUUUAGGACUCAUCGAUGAUUCAGUUCAAAAGUUAAACUGGCAGACUUUUAACAAGCUCGUCCUUUCAGAGGAUUUAAAUCUCAACAGCAAUAAGAAACCAUGGCUGGUGUACUUCCAUUCUCCUCGGUGCUACAGAUGUUAUGAAAUGUACGCCGACUUCGCUAUGACCGGAAUUUUCCUAAACAAUGCCGUGGACCUCGCUAAAGUGAAUUGCGUGACGGACCGCAGCUUGUGCCAACACGAACAUAUUUCUAGUUAUCCUUCUCUUCGUUUGUAUUUGCCAAGAAAUCGCCACCAAGCCUUUAGCAGUGUAUUAACUAUUCAACUUAAAGACUACAUAGGCCUAUUAAAAGAAAUAAAACCUCAUCUAGUGAAGCAUGACGAUUCUAUUGCGCAUAUGGAUCUAGGCGUUAGGAAUCAGGAGUUCCAAGUGAAACACGAUGAAUUUUAAUUUUUAUCAUAAUCAAAAUCUCCUUUUUGUUUCCAAUUUGCAUUAUUAUGGGAAGAUGUUGGCCAACUAGUGAGAAAAUAAUGUAUGUAAUACUUUUUAUGUAAUAUGUACUUCUAAUACAUGUAAUAGGAAUGUGAUAUACAUUGUUCUUAGUGGUAAGACUCCCAGUGUCGAAUUAUUUUCCUCAAACAGAAGCAUGUACACAAUAUUAAUCUUAGUUUUGUAUUCUUUCCUGAAAUACAAACUAAAUCUUUAACACCCGUUAAACUAACUCAUAAAGAUAUGUGAAUUCUAUUCUUUCUAUUGCGUCUCAUACAUUUGGGGAAAGUGUAUUAUAGAUCUAUUAUACUAGAGAAUCUGAAAUCGAAUACUAAUAGUCUAAUAUUUAACAUUUAAGUAUGCUAUUUUUGAUCAUAUGAGCAUUUAUGAGAUAGAUGGGACUUCUUGUAGGUACAUAAUACGUAGUUAUUGUUAUUUGUGAUAUUUAAUAAUUGUUAUUUAUAUAUAUGGAUAUAAGAUGACGUGCCUAUAUUAACAUAAAAUGAAUGUUCAACGUAUUUGUAACCGGCUUGUGAUAUCACAAUUUUAUGUGAUGUAAAUUUUUUCAUCACAUUGAAUUUUUUUUCAUUUUUCAUCUCAAGUGGGUGUAUUUUAUUAAUUAAACAAUA